AUGAGUGAGAGUGAAUCCACUUCAACUAAAGCUAAAGCUAGUAAGGAAGCAAAUGAAGAGAAAGAAGAUAAAAAGAAAAUUGAAGAGAAAUAUGUUCCUCCUGCACCAUACAAGCGACCAUUGCCCUUUCCUCAGAGGUUUCAGAAAGCACAAUUAGAUAAGCAUUUUGGGAAAUUCCUUAAAGUUUUGAAGAAGUUUUCUAUAUUGCAGAACAAGCUCCCACCUAAGCUGAAAGAUCCUGGAAGUUUUUCCAUACCAUGUCACAUUAGAGAAACAAGUAUUGAGAGAGCAUUAUGUGACUUGGGGGCUAGUGUUAGCUUGAUGCCACUUUCCAUAUGUGAGAAGUUAAAGGUUGGAGAUCUAAAGCCCACAACUAUUUCUUUGCAGUUAGCUGACAGAUCUAUAAAGUAUCCAGUUGGGAUUUAG